UGCUAUGUCGGAACUCGUCAAGACAUUGGUUCUUCGUCCGGAUAUCUCCAAGCCAAAAUGGGAUCAGUCAACAUUUGAAGGAAGAGCCAAGCAUUUCUUUGCCAUCACCAACCCGCUCAACCUUUUCCACGGCGAGAAGCAACUAGAUGAAUUCAAGAAGAUUGUGGAGGAUUACAGAAAAGGCUCUGUAUCUAAUGAUCUCACACUCAAUCAGCUAUGGAAGGCAAAGCACGUCGUUGAUUCUGCAUUCCACCCUUCUACUGGAGAGAAGAUGAUGAUGGUUGGUAGAAUGUCGGCUCAGGUUCCAAUGAAUAUGGCAAUCACCGGAGGAAUGCUCACUUUCUACAAGUCACCAAUGGCUGUCAUCUUCUGGCAAUGGUUGAAUCAGUCGUUCAACGCGGUUGUCAACUACACAAACCGGUCUGGUGACGGUGGAUCCGUCAGUCAGCUUCUCGUAUCGUACUGCGCGGCCACUGGAGGUGCUCUCACUGCUGCUCUUGGAUUGAACUCUCUUGUCAAGAAAGCACCACCACUUGUAGGACGUCUUGUGCCGUUCGUGGCUGUUUGUGUGGCCAAUUCCAUCAACAUUCCAAUGAUGAGAAGAGGAGAGCUUACUGAGGGAAUCGACAUUCUUGACGAGAACGGACAAGUCAUUGGCCAGUCCCCAGGUGUUGCUCAGUCAGCAAUUAGCCAGGUCGUAGUUUCUAGAAUUUUCAUGGCAGUCCCUUCAUUUGCUUUCAUUCCAGUCGUUGUGAAUGCCCUCGAGAAGCGGCCAUACUUCAAGGCCAACCCAAAGAUGUUCCUUCCUCUUCAAACCAUUCUUUGCGGUCUUGUUCUUUCUGUGUCGACGCCGGUCGGAUGUGCUUUGUUCCCGCAACUCACCCCAGUUUCGUUUGACCAAAUUGAGCCGGAGCUUGCGCAGAAAAUCAAGAACUUGCCAAAUCCGCCAAAACAACUAUACUGCAACAAGGGAUUGUAAAUAUUAAGCAACUACUAUUGUUUUCCAAUUUUAUAUAUUACCGCAUCCUGGAGUCAUCCGGUUUUCUCAAACUAUGUCGUACGUGUGUUUUUCUUAAGAAUGAAUUUGAAUAAAAAUAUGAAGAUAAAAAUGAAAAUUGUAAGAAAAAAAAAUUGUAUUCUAAGAUUGAGCAGGGGUCGAUAAGAAGUUUCAUUACUGAAAUAAAUAUGUUGUAAAUUUU